GACACCACCCGUCCACCCUCCACCCCAACUGGUACUAGUGUUUGUACUACCCAGCGACACCACCCACAGAGAGCGGCAGAGGCAGAGCCACCACCACCACCACCCACCCACAAAGAAGCAGAGCAGACCACAGCACAGGAGGGACGCACGCCAUGGGCGAGGAGGAGAAGAAGGCGGAGGAGAAGCCCAAGGAGGAGGUGGAGGCGAAGAAGGAGGAGAAACCCAAGGAGGGAGGGGAGGAGGAGAAGCCCAAGGACGAGAAGCCCGCGGAGGGGGAGGGAGGAGACAAGCCCAAGGAGGGGGAGGAGGCGGCUCCGCCGCCGCCGCCACCGCCGCCGGAGGAGGUCGAGAUGCGGGUCUACAUGCACUGCGAGGGAUGCGCCAGGAAGGUCAAGAAGAUCCUCAAGAGAUUUGAAGGAGUGGACGAUGUCAUUGCUGACUCUAAGGCGCACAAGGUGGUGGUGAAGGGAAAGAAGGCGGCCGCUGACCCGAUGAAGGUUGUGGAGCGUGUUCAGAAGAAGACUGGCCGCAAGGUGGAGCUUCUCUCACCGCUGCCACCACCGCCAGAGGAGAAAAAGGAAGAGGAGAAGAAGGAGGAGCCCGAGCCGCCGAAACCUGAAGAGAAGCCCAAGGAGCCACCGGUGAUCUCCGUCGUGCUGAAGGUGCACAUGCACUGCGAGGCCUGCGCGCAGGCCAUAAAGAAGAGGAUCCUCAAGAUGAAAGGAGUCCAAUCUGCAGAGCCAGACUUGAAGGCGUCGGAAGUGACGGUGAAGGGCGUGUUUGAGGAGGCCAAGCUGGCUGAGUACGUGCACAAGCGCACCGGCAGGCAUGCGGCCAUCAUCAAGUCCGAGCCGGCUGCUCCUGCCGAGAAAGCCGGCGAAGGCGAUGCCAAGGAUGAGAAGAAGGCGGCCGAAGGUGGCGAGGAGAAGAAGGAUGAGAAGAAGGAUGACAAGGAAGGAGACGGAGAGGAGAAGAAGGAUGAGAAAGAGAAGGAGGGUAACAGCGGCGAAGAGAAGGACAAGGACAAAGAGAAAGACGCCGGAGCCAUCGCCGCCGCAAACCUGUACAUGCAUUACCCACAGUUCGCGUUCCCCGGAGGAUACUACGCGCCACCGAGGCCAGGAUACGCCGCCUACCCUGCCUACCCUCCGCCGCCGCCGGCCUACCCGCCAGCCUACCCGCAUUACCCGCCGCAGAUCUUCAGCGACGAGAACCCCAACGCCUGCUCCGUCAUGUAAAAAAAUUAGAACCUUGGGUUGUGGUCUAGAGUGGGAGAAAAAUAAGAAGGGAAAAGGGACCGCGUAAUUGCAACACAAAUGAAGGCCCUUGAGCAAAGCAAAUGGCAGCUUGAAGAAAGCACCAGGCUUUUUUGCGGUCAGGCUUUUCUUCUUUUUGAACUUUUUAUGUUGUUAUUUAAACCCUUUUCACCCUCUCUCUGGUAUAAAAGUAAGUCUGGACUUCCGUGUCAGCUCAUGGAUGUUCUUUAUCUUAUGUAGAUUCCUUUUUUUUUGGCCUUGUACUGAACUUGUGUAAAGACUGUUAUUAUAGUAUAGUAUAAUCCUCUAA